ACAACAAGUUUCAGGGGGCAUGUUCAGAGUUCCCAAGUUGGAUGAAAAAGACGUGGGAAGUGGGUCUAUUGAUGCUGGGCGCUGUCUCCAAUAAAGAUAAUCGCUUGGCCCAUCUCAUGUUUGCUAUAUUUAGCCUAUCUAUUUAAGCCUCCCCACUGUAUGCUCAACACUGCUCCUUGGGCCUCAGGCUGGAUCCAGAGACUUCUCCUGGGACGCAAGACCUAAAUGGCAAAGCUGAAAGGAAAUUGAAUUUGGGAAGUGAAGUGUGUCACUCUCAAGACGGUAAGGCACAAAGCCUGUAGGGGGCCAUGUCUGGCAGCUCAAACAACAGUUGGACAAUUGUCACUCCCGAGGAGACUGCUGCAGCUGAGACCCUGAGGCCUCUCACAGAAGGAACAGAGCGCCAGGAUGAACCCAGUGCACCCACUCAGGGUUUGGGUGCAGAGCCAUCAGACGGUGCACAUGGGUUAUCUGAAGAGGACCACCCAGAACUGACAUCGGAAGAACAAGUAGCUCAACCAAAUGAAGACAGCGAUGCCUGUGCCCUCCCCUCCUCUGCUCCAUCAGAGGUCCAGAGCAGCCCUGUCCCUGAGCCACAGACAGAGGGCGCUCCACUGGACUCGGGACUGUCCAGCACAGAGCCAGAGUCCUUCUCUGACUCCUACUCUCACCUCAGCCCCUCCUCAGAUGAGACUCCCGCCCCCCCUUUGAGUGCGGAGACUCUGGGGUAUCUGGACUCCGGGCAGGAGAAGGAGGAGGAGGAGGAGGCCAGGGAGCAGACAGAGAUUCAGGACGAGACUCAGAAUCAAGCCAUCAGUCAAGAGCCAGAGGAGGAGGAGUCAAAGGAGGAAUCAAAGGAGGAGUCACACCAGUUUAGUCCAAUAGAAACACCUCAAGAUCCCACUGUCCAAACAGCUGCUCCACAAACAGAGCCAGAGCUGAGGAGGAGGAGGUUAGAGGCUCUGGAAAAGAUCGGCCAGCGUGACGAGGAAGAGGAGGCAGAGGAAGACUUUCAGCUUCCCCAGAGAGACGAGGACUCCGGCAUCACUCUGAACAAGUGCAUUCUGGGAGCUGUCAUUCUGCUGGGCCUAGGCACUAUUUUCAUCUCAGGUGUCUUCAUGGACCUGGAUGAGGAAAGUGACUAUCCUGCAUCAGAGCUGAACGAGCCUGAGUCAUCUGGAAAACAGGAGUGGCUUAACCCAGACUUAUCUCGGCCUGAUGCAGAAGCUGAGCUCUUAAACAAAUUAACUAAAGGGAAUGAGCAGAUAGAAAUGUUACAAGCCCAACUUCAGGUACUUCAGUCUGAGAACGAGGAGCUAAAAUUGACCAAGGCACAAGCAGCAGAGGGCAGCACUGAGCAACUUCACCACAACGAGAUGCAGCAGGAAAACACAGCUGCUACAACUCCCCCUAGUGGAGGAACAGAGAAUGACAGUCAGAGCCCAGCAGACUAUCAGGCAUACAAGAAGAACAAGCACGACAGAGGUGUUGCAAAGGAGUGGAAAGAUGAAGAAAAAUCCGAAUGGAAAAAAGAGAAAAAGCAACGCAAGGAUGGAGGGAAGACAGACGGCAAAGAAAAAGAGUGGAAGAGAGAGAAAUAUGAGAGUGGUAGAUUUGAAAAGCGAUAUAAGGAGGAUAAGCACUCAAAGCAAAAAGAUGAAGCAAAAGAGUGGAAAAAAGACAACUCAAAAAGAGGAGAUGAAGGGAGGACCUGGAAGGAAAAGAAAGAGUGGACUAACGAAGGUGAUAAAAAACACAAACGUGAUCACUUUAAAGAAGGGAGGAGUAAAGAGGGAAGUAAAGAAAGCAAGUACUACCAAGAAACCCACAAAGGACCCGGAGACAAGCACUGGAAAAAGGGAAGAGAUGAUUAUAAAGAAGAAAAGAAAGAUAAGUACGAGAAAAAGCAUUGGAAAGAGCGGGAUGGAUACGAAAGUCAAAACAGGAAAGAUGACGGGGACAGGAGAGACAAAAGCAAAGACCAGAAAAAGUGGAAAUCCAAUGACAAAAAACAGUGGAGGAACGAAGAGGAGGAGAGGAAAGGGGUAGGGUAUAAAGAGAAAAAGCAUAAAAAAGAAAGGGAGGAUGGUAAAUCUGAGAAAUAUAAUAAAUAUAAAGGCAGUGAGCAUAAGGAUCAGGCAUGGAGCGAUAAGAAAUCUACCCCUCCGCAACCCAAAGUCAAAGUGGGACAGCCCGAAUACUGGUCCCGUCAAAGAGAGCGCCUCCAACACAGCUCAAAACCUCAAGACCCCUGCGAUUCACCAGACACCUGCGCCCAAGCCGAGGGGGUGCAGCCAGUUCCUCUCUCGGAAUUUGAAUCUAUCCUAAACGAUUACUUGUCCAAAGCGGAAAAGGCAGGAGUGGAGGCCUCGCAAAUCGCUGAGCUCCGAAAACUAGCCACGGAAAUGUUUCAGAACGGCGCCUUUCCGCACGAUCAGAUGAGUUUUCUGGAGUACGUGGAGGACGUGGGGGAUAUGUUGGAAGAUCUAGUUGAAGGAGAAGAUGAAGAAGACGGCAGUGGAAAGAAGGAUAGUGCCAUAGAGGAUGAGAUGGAGGGAUUUGAGAAGGAGGUGAUGCAGAAGUUUACGCUGCCAGGCGAGAAGGAAAAAGUUAAAGCAGAGUCUAUGAAGGAAAGUGAGAGAGGACGUGGCUGAAAAAUACACUGCAAAAAAUGAUUAUCUAGUAAGAAAAUGACUAAAAUGACUUAAAUUCUCAAUAGUAAGUAGUUAAGUAGAUGUAAAGGCACACUAUGUAACUUUUCUGGUGGUAAAUAAUAAAUAAUAAAAUAAAAAUACAAGUUUGAUCUGUGGAGACGUUACCUUGCUCACAAUGACAGUGUUUUUUCAAGGUAUUUCUGAGCGAUUUAAAUUUGUGUGAUUGUAUAAAUGCUAACUGGAUACGUUUAAAGCUGUACUGUGCAACAUUUCAAGUAUAGCACGAACAUCUCCAGGGAGACAAGUGGUUGAACUGUCUCCAGCAGAAAAGUUACACUGUGCGUCUUUUAAAUAUAUUAAUGUAAGACCUAAACCUAGAAUCUGCAAUUCCUAGCGUAAAAUAAGAAAUUAAUAAAGGUAAGGGCAAUUGUCUUUCCCCUUUGGCAAUUAUGUUAACUUAAAAUAAGAAAAAAAUGUAUUAAAUCACGAUUUAGGUAAAUAAAUCUUAACUUGUCGGUAUGAAAUAUGUACCUCAAGUCAUUUUAACUUCUGGUAGAUAAUCAUUUUUGCAUUGAAGGAAGUGAGCAGUCUGGUGCAGGAAGCAGAGCGGGGCCUGACAGAGGAGAGGUGAUUCAAAAGGGAACACUUAAUAAUGGACCAUGAAUGCCACAAACACGUUCACAGGAUGACCUCUUUAUUUUACCUCUUCCUGCUGCACUAGUGUCGUGUCAUUUCUGUUUUUUCUACGUGGAAAGUUAACUGCAUACCAACCAAGGCUGAACAAAUCAUGGACAACACGCCAUAACUAAUUUUUUUUCCUGAUGAAGUGUUAUGAUUGCAUUAAUAAUUUGUGUUUUAAAAUCAAUAUUCAGUUCAGUGUACACUUUAAACACAUCUAGGCAUUGACAUUUGAGAAAAGACGGCAAUAUGGUCUGCUAAACUAAUACAAGAAUCUCAUGCUUUUCUGAAUAUGUUCUAGAGGUCUAAACUACUGGGUUAGCAGAUUUUAUACAUGUUGUUUUGUUGGCAAUUUGCUUGUUCCUACCAUUUCAAAUGCAGUUUUGAUUCAAUUAUGAUUAUUGCUGCAGCCCUAAUACAGAAACAUUAACAAUAGAAAAUGUUCUUUCCCUCAUUUGGGUAUUUAUUUUUGGUGCACACAUCUGCAAAGUAUAAAUUUCCUGUUUCUAUAUUUCUGUACCUGUUUCACAUGGUUCUUUUUUCUCUAAGCUAAUUCUCAGUUCUCACAUUGUUCAGCUGCUGUUAAGCUGAUGGUUAAGAUGCAAUGGCCUCACUGUAACACCUUUUGUUGUAUCACCACUUUCCAUUUAAAGAUGCACUAUGUAACUUGUCUGUGGAGCGUACACACCCUGUUGGUCUCUGGGGAGAUAUUAAUGCUUUGCCAGGAAUAUUCCACUGUAUGGCAUUAAAUUAUCUUGCAUUUGUUCAGUUGUAGAUGUUUUAUACGCUAGCAAAUGUCUUCAAAUGCCGUGAGCAGGAUGCCGUUCUCUAGAUCUGAUCUGCCUGGUGGUGUCAGGUUAAUGCCAUACUGUGGAACAUUACAGGCAACACAAGGGGACAAGCAGGUAGCGGACUCUCCAACGUAAAUGUUACGAGUAUACCUUUAAGAGGAUAUUAUAAUAUAUUAUAUAAUAAUAAAAUAAUUAUUUUUUGUUUUGUAAAUAUGGCUUAAGACCGUGACUGUGCUAACUUGUUCUGUUUAACUUAUUUGUAGACGUUAUUGCACCUUAAACAGGUCUACUUAAAAGAGCACAUAAUAAUAACAUGUUGAGCAUGUACAGGUUUUCAGGUACAGAAUGUAUAGUGUGCACUAAAAUGUCUUUAAUUUCAUAUGGAGUCUUUUGUUGGAUAGUUCACUGUUUUUGCUUGUUUUGGGUUUACAGUUGAAAAUUACAAAUGUGAGGAACCACAUACGUACGGCAGCAUAAAAAUGUAUUUGUUAGACAUUUGAACAACGGUGUUAAUAAAUGUGAAGAGAUGAA